AUGCUCUCCAGCUAUGUGUGCAGCGACCCCAAUACGUCGAGAGUAUGCGUUGUUAUGGUAGGACUGCCCGCGCGAGGCAAGUCAUUGAUGUCUCAAAAAAUCGUGCGCUACUUAAAAUGGAGAUCGAUUUCCGCCAAGGCGUUUAAUAUUGGAAAUUACCGGCGUAAGGCAAACGCUCACCCCAGCGCCGAUUUCUUUGCUCUCAGCAACGAUGAGGGGGCUAGCUUGCGCCGUUUAGCCGCCCAAGAGGCGCUGAACGACCUUGUUUCCUGGAUGGACAAAGAAGGGGGCCGGGUGGCUAUUUAUGACGGAACCAACUCAACGAAACGGCGCCGAGCCUGGAUCGCCGAGCAACUUUCGCAACACAAUAUACACCCGCUGUUUAUUGAAAGUGCUUGUGAAAAUGAUGAAAUUAUCUUGAACAACAUCAUGGACGUCAAAACAACUUCUCCAGACUACAAGGGCGUAGACCCGCAAACCGCGGCAAAAGACUUUAUCAACCGAAUCGAAGUAUACCGGAAGGACUAUGAAUCCAUAAGCAGCUCGGAGAUGAUCAGCUAUUUGAAAAUUAUCGACGCUGGUGCGCAGGUUGUCGUCAACAAAGUCAAAUCGUAUCUUGAGUCUCAUAUCGUUUACUAUCUCAUGAAUUUGCAUAUCAAGCCUCGCCGACUGUGGCUCUCUCGGCAUGGUGAGUCUGAGUACAAUGUCCUCGGAUUGCUUGGUGGCAACAGUAAUCUGUCGGAGCGUGGAAUGAUGUACGCUGAGAAGCUCCCUGAGCUGGUCGCCAAUGCCGUGGGGGAUCAGCCACUGACGGUGUGGACUUCGACAUUGAAACGCACACAGCAGACGGCGAGCAAGUUGCCGUACCAGCAAAUCCAGUGGAAGGCUCUGGAUGAGCUUGAUGCUGGUGUUUGCGAUGGGUUGACGUACGAGGAGAUCCAACAGAAAUACCCUGAAGAUUUUGCGGCUCGCGAUGAAAACAAGUUCGAGUACCGGUACAAAGGAGGCGAGUCUUAUCGCGAUGUUGUGACGCGGCUGGACCCCAUCAUCAUGGAAUUAGAACGCCAAGAGAAUAUUCUCAUCGUCACCCACCAGGCUGUUCUUCGCUGCAUUUACGCCUAUUACAUGGACGUCCCCCAAGAACAAAGCCCUUGGAUGAACGUCCCUCUGCACACCCUCAUAUGCCUUGAACCCAGAGCUUAUGGUACCAUUGAAACCCGUAUUUCUGCCAAUAUACCGGCUGUGAGUACGUUCAGGGCCAAAGGAGAGCUCCCUCAGCACCAAGAGCCAGACGGACAGAAUGCAUAG